AUGUACUCUUCGUCAAAUUCCUUCCUGGGCGGCGCCAGCAGCGCUCGCCCCGGACAGCAGCCACCUUUAAUGCAGCAGCAACAGCAGUAUUCGCAAUUCCCGCCCGGCCAGCAGCAGCAGCCCGGUUUUGCUCCCCAGACUACCGGCUAUGGCCCUCCAAUGUCGGGGUUUGGCGGCUCCCAACUCCAACAUCAACCGACCGGAUUCCCCACGGGACAGCUGCAACCGCAAUUCACCGGCUUCCCUGGUGGCCCCCCCCAGCAGGGACUCCAACCCCCUGUUCCGCAGCAACAACCCCAAUUUACCGGCUAUCCUCCCCAGUCGCAGCCCCCGCAGCUUCAGGUCCCAUCGAGCACGGGGCUUCCCGUUCGAUCAGCUGUCCAGACUUCCUCCGAAAUAGCAGACUCCUUUCGAGAUGUGAGCGGUGCGGCUCCUCCUCCGCCCCCUAAGUCAUUGGGAAACAAAAUCCCCAAUAUCCGUCUAUCGUUUAUCACCGCCCAGGAUCAGGCGAAAUUCGAGCAACUUUUCAAGUCUGCGGUGGGAGACAGUCAGACCAUGAGCGGGGACAAGGCCAAGGAGCUACUUCUGCGAUCGAGACUUUCGGGCAGUGAUCUAUCUAAAAUAUGGGUCUUGUCAGAUUCUACCAAGUCGGGCCAGCUGCUCUUCCCGGAGUUUGCAUUGGCUAUGUACUUGUGCAACCUACGGAUUACGGGCCGGGACCUGCCCGACAUCCUCCCGGAGAAAGUUAAGAAUGAGGUGUCCAGCAUGGUGGAUAUUAUCUCGUUCACGGUCCCCGAUACGCAACCGGAGCCCGUCGUCCGGACGAAUGUCCCGAACUUCGACACUCCAUUGCUAGAGAACAAAUCUGCCCCUCCGGCUCCUCAGCAACCACAACCGCAACAGCCAACCAAUUCGCAACUUUUGACCCAACUCACGGCGCAGCCCACGGGGUUCCCCCAGCCGAAUAGCCUUUUACCAAAUCAGCCCUCUUUCUCAGGCCAAGGCUCAGCUCUCACCCCACAAGCGACAGGGUUUCCUGGGCAAAACCAUCAGCAGACUCUCCAACCGCAGCCGACGGGACUUCUGAAUAACCCUCAGCCGACUGGCUACUCUGGUCCUCGUCCCCCUGUUCCGCCAAUUCCAGCGGGCUUUGGGUCUGGUCUGAACCCGGCACAGACCGGGAAUGCGCAUGGUCUUGUUGCUCAGCCUACCGGCGUUCCAGGUCAAUGGGGAUUUGUCAAUGCGCCUUCGUCCGGGCUACCCAACAUUGAGGCUCUCAAGCAGCAACUUAUGCCUCAACCAGGUCGCGAAGGUGGCUUUUCUGCUGUUGGCCUCUCGGGAAAUGCCAACAUACCUUGGGCGAUUACGAAGGAAGAGAAGAAAAUCUAUGAUGAUCUCUUCCGAGCUUGGGAUGGCUUCCAUAAAGGGUUCAUUGGUGGUGGCACUGCGAUCGAAAUUAUGGGACAGAGUGGCCUGGAUCGCCAAGAUCUGGAGCGUAUUUGGACCUUGGCGGAUCCCCAUAACAGGGGUCGACUUAACAUGGAUGAGUUUGCCGUGGCCAUGCAUCUGAUCUACCGGAAGCUCAAUGGAUAUCCUGUCCCAAGCCGUCUCCCCCCCGAACUUGUCCCUCCCUCCACGAGGAACUUGAACGACUCGAUAGGGACGAUCAAGUCGAUGCUGUCGCAAGAUGCAGAGACCCGAAAAGCGUCGGGUGCGUUCUUGCAGCCGCAAAAGACAGGUGUCAGCUACCUCAAGGAACACUCUUUCCGUGGCGGCGCGGUCUCCCCUGGUAUUGGUCGCAAAGAUGCUACCCUAUUUAAGAACAAUGACGACGCCGCUGCUGGCUAUCGUUCUAGCGCCCGUCGCCGUGUUGGAAACAAUGGUCGCACUCCAUCACCUGCUGCCUCGUCCCAGGCAUCGGAGGAAGAGCUGUCGUCCGAGCAGCUGAAGAAGAAAAUCCGGGAGGCCCAGAUUAUGCUUGAUGCAGUGGAUUUUCAGGAUGAAAAUCGUGCCGAGGAGGACGAUGCCAUGGAUCGCAGAGAUCGUCGCGAAGCCGAGAGCCUCAUGGACAGAGUCCGACGUGUCCAGGACGACAUUGAUACCCAUCCAAAUUCGUCAUUCCGCAACAUUGACAAUGGGGCUGAACGGCGGGCCUUACGCCGCCAGCUACAGGCCUAUGAAGAUCAGGUUCCCCAAGUUGCUUCGGAUGUCCGUCGGGUGGAACGAGAGAUCGCCGAGGCCAAGCUUGAGCUGUUCCGCCUGCAGGACGCCAAGGCGCACCCCAACAGUGCUUCCAACAUUGUUGGUACUGGCCCCGGUGGCGCAGUGACGGAGGCAGACCGCAUCAAAGCUCGUGCUCGUGCCAGAAUGCAAGCUCGCGCCGCUGAGCUUGCCGGAAGGCCUGCAUCUGCGUCGCAGGACGAUGAUGGGGCUGCGGCUCGACGUCUCGAAGCUGAGAGUGCGAACAUCAAGGCGGCCAGAGAGAAGAACGAUGCUAUGACGCGUGACGUGGAGGAGAGCGUGAAAGAUUUCGCUCGAGGUCUUGAGGAUAGUCUCAAAGACGAAGGCGAAAACUCAACCCGUGAACACGAAAAGCGUCGAUGGGAGGAUGCCUUGGGUGUUGAAGACAUUAUUCGAGACUUCAUCUACGACUUGAAGCGCGGUGGCCGGACCGCACAUGUCCGUAAGGAGGAAGCGUCGAAAUCACUGUCUGUUCAGGAACAGCCGCACCGUUUCAAUGUAUCGCCCGUCAGUGAUACGUCUGCGGUUCGUCCUCCCCCGCCACCAUCCACAGGAUCUACCGGGUCAUUGCCCGGCUCUACUCAUGAGGACCGUGUCGCUGCCGCCAGGGAACGCGCACAAAAGCGCAUUGCCGAACGGAUGGCGGCCGCUGGCCUGAAACCCCAGAAUGAUUCAGCAGAGAGCCUCCUUCAACGUCAAGAGCGGGAAAAGAAAGAGCGCGAAGAGCGGGUGAAACGAGCAGAAGAAGAGGAUGCGAAACGAGAGCAGGAGCGGCAACGUCGCUUGGCCGAAGAACAAGGUGGUUCUACACCACAAUCCUCUAAACCAGCUGGCAAGAAGCCUCCGCCAGCACCACCUUCACGGAGGGUACGAACGGAUAGUACAGGCCAGGGUGAUGCCAAGAGACAACCAGAGGAGGUAGAUAAAACGGACCACGCCAUCCGCGAACGGGUUCUCAAGGAGGAACAGCAGGCGCAACAGGAGGAGAGAAAACAACUGGAAGUCGAGGCCAGGCAACGAGAAGAAGAGUUGCAGAAAGAAAAGGCGGCGCAAGAAGCUCGUUUGCGUGCCCUGCAGGAGCAAGUGGCACAGGGUAAGAUCAAAAAGCAAGAAGAGAAACGUCGAAAAGAGGAGGCGCAGCGUAUGGCCAAAGAACAGGAAGCAAGGCUUGCUGCUCAACGGGCUGAACUCGAGACAGCCAGAGAGCGAGAGCGACAACUUCAAUUGGAAUUGGAAGCCAUGGAGGAUAGUUCUUCGGAUGACGAAAGCCCAGCAAACGUCACCCCUCAGGAUAGCACGCCGACGCAGAGCCAGGUCCUAUCCACUGCAAAUACCGCCUCCCCUCCGGCUCCUCCAACUCCUGAGCAAGCACCUCCGGAGGCAACAAUCAACCCUGCCGACUCACUGGUCAGUGGUCGCGCUGGACCAGCAGCGAGCCUGAACCCAGAGGCCGAGUCCAAGAACCCGUAUUUCAAGAAUAUUAGCCAGUUUACAGACAAUUACGUCACUCCACCCACACCCCAGGCCACCGUUGUCUCCCCCAAGGCUGACACGUCGUCCACGAAUCCUUUCCAUCGCCUGACCCAGCAUCAAGAGACUACGAGACCCGCAUUUACCGCGUCGGGUCCAUUAGAGCGCAAAUCCCGCGCACGUCCAGAGGCAGACGACGAUGACUGGUCUGCGGCAGGCUCGGAAUUCGAUUCGUCAGAUGACGAGGACGAGCGAGCUGGCGGUGGCAGUGCGAAGCAACUUGCAAGUAUUCUAUUCGGUACGAUGGCGCCCCCGCGGCCUCUGUCUGCCAUGGACGACAAAUCCCCGUCGAAAUCGUCUACUCCAGUGCAGGAGAGCUCCGCAAUUCCUCCCCCGCUGCCUGACAUAGACAGCACGCCUUCUAUUCCUGCCGCUGCCCCUCCGCCGCCACCACCUCCACCCGCGCCCGCUCCCGGCAUUGCUGGCGCCGCUCCCCCACCGCCGCCGCCCGCUGGUGCUCCUCCCGCUCCACCUCCACCUCCCGGAAUUCCUCCUGCUCCUGCUCCUCCGUCCGCUCCGGCCGGUUCAGGAAAUCGUGGCGCCUUGCUAGCUUCGAUUCAAGCAGGCAAGGGGCUAAAGAAGGUCCAGACAAACGACCGGAGCUCUAGCUCUACGGCAGGCCGGGUGUUGAAUUGA